AUGUAGUCUACGCUACUGUCAACUUUGAAUCGUUUUCCGCAUCUGUUUGGGGGUGCUAAUCCUAAGCUUCAGUCCGCGGGUGGUGGCACCUCGCCCCAUACUUAAGUACCUAGGUAGCUGAGAACAGCCGCGUUGCCUGCCACUGAAGUACUCUAAGCCUGCCAGGACCCCCACAAUAAUUUCCUCGGCAGCGGUGCGACGUCCCACGAUGUUCUCCUCCACCACCCGUCUGCCAUGAAGCAGGUUCCAACCAGCACGUUGGCUGCGAACCCAUCUUGAAUCGAGACUCUUCUCUCGCGAUCGGGAAAUCAAGGCCUCGCUGUCGCAUAAUCACCCGCCACAGCUUACCUUGCCCAGCGAGAGGCGCACGUAUACCACGCCAGGCACCAUGGCUUCCAAAAGAUACGCCUUCGUCCCCAUGGAUGAUCCGGCCGAGGUGCCAAGGGAGAGGAAGGAGGGGAAAGAAAAGAAGAGCAAGAGUCGAAGAAGAGGAAGAGGCUGAGACCGCCGACUUCAAAGAGUCUGCAUCCAAACGAGUCAAAAUCAGCCAUGGAGAUGAUGACGACCGUAAUGACGAAGACCGCCGCAAUCGUGAUUCUGCAGAACGCGACAGGGAGGAGCGUGACGCGCUUGACAAGCGGCUUCGUGAAAAGGAUAGAGGCGAUUCUCGCAAGAAACCCGAGGCAUCGAAAAGCAGGAUAGAUGAGCUGCGGGAUGUCGAAGACCUACGCAUUCGCUCGAGGCAGAGUUAUGUGGCGAAGCGAGAAACGGAGAAGAUCGCGCUGCUCAGGAAACAGGUCGCUGACGAGCUCGAGGAAGAGCGGUCGAACCCACGUCUGACGGAGAAAGAAAGGCAGGAGUUCCGCAGGAACCGGGAGCUGCUACGUCUUGCUGAGGAGAGGUUACGCAUCGACGACCACAGGGAGGGCUACUCCAUGCCCGAGGACUAUAUCACGCAAAAGGGCAAAAUCGACAGGAAGAAGAAAGAGGAGGCGCUGUACAAGCGGUACGUCGAAAGAGACGAGUACGGGCAGGAGAAAUUUGUCACAGAGCACGAGGAAUGGGAGAGAGAACAGGCCCAAAAGGCUAAGGCCCAGAUCCUGAGGCCAGAGCUGGAGGACGAUGGCUCGUACGAGCAUCUGUUCGACGAGGAUCAAUACGUGCAAUGGAUCCAGGCUGCCAAGCUGGACGGUGUCAAUCCGGGGUUGACUCAGGAACAGGCAUAUCUCGCCGCUCAGAUCGACGCUGCCGAGAAAAAACAACUCUCAAUACAAGAGACGAGGAAGACCCUGCCCAUCUACUCUUACCGAGACCAAUUCCUGGCUGCGCUGGAGGAGUACCAGAUCCUGGUUGUGGUGGGAGAAACCGGCAGUGGGAAGACGACCCAGCUGCCUCAGUACCUUCUAGAAGGAGGCUUCGUGAAGGAUGGUGCCAAAGUUGGCUGCACACAGCCGCGAAGAGUUGCUGCGAUGAGUGUUGCUGCCCGUGUCGCCGAGGAGAUGGGAGUCAAGCUGGGAAGUGAAGUGGGAUACUCCAUCCGGUUCGAGAACAAUGUGUCCGACAAGACGAUUCUCGAGUACAUGACGGAUGGCAUGUUGCUUCGUCACUUCAUGACAGAUCCCAUGCUCAACGACUUCUCUGCAAUCAUGAUCGACGAGGCUCACGAGCGAAGUGUCAACACGGAUAUUCUCUUGGCCUUGCUCAAAGACCUGGCCAGAGAACGGCCGGACCUCAAGCUACUCAUCUCUUCGGCUACUAUGAACGCAGCCAAGUUUGCCAGUUAUUUUGACGGUGCUCCCAUCUUCAACAUUCCUGGACGUAGAUAUCCGGUCGACAUCUACUACACACCCCAGCCAGAAAGCAAUUACGUCGCAGCGAUGAUCUCAACUGUAUUUCAGAUCCACACCACCCAAGGAAAGGGCGAUAUCCUGGUGUUUCUUACCGGUCAGGAUGAGAUCGAUGCGGCCGAGCAGCAGAUCGGCGACAUCGCAAAGAAACUGGGAAGUCGGAUCAAGGAGUUAAUCAUAUGUCCGAUUUAUGCCAAUCUUCCGAGCGACAUGCAAGCCAAGAUCUUCGAGCCUACUCCAGAUAACGCACGCAAGCUUGUCUUGGCUACCAACAUCGCGGAGACGUCCCUGACGAUCGACAACAUUGUCUAUGUCAUAGACACCGGGUACGAGAAGCAAAAUUACUACAACCCUGCGACCCGCAUGUCUUCUCUGAAUGUCGUGCCAUGCUCCAGGGCGGCUGCAAAUCAGAGAAGUGGGCGCGCAGGUCGUGUAGGGCCUGGCAAGUGCUUCCGUCUGUACACCAAGUUCUCAUAUAUGAACGAAAUGGACGAGUCACCCACGCCAGAGAUCCAGCGAACCAAUCUCAAUAGCGUCGUCCUCCAGCUCAAGUCCCUCGGCAUCGAAAAGCUUCUCGACUUCGAUUUUAUCGAUCCGCCGCCCACAGAAGCCCUCAUUUCGGCCCUUGACAAUCUCUAUGCUCUUCAAGCUCUCAACCACAAGGGCGAAAUGACUCGCCUUGGUCGACAAAUGGCCGAGUUCCCGACUGCACCUGAGGUGGCCAAGGCUGUCAUAGCAGCGGACAAGGAGGGUGCAGUGGAGGAGAUACUCAGCAUCGUCGCCAUGCUCGAUGAGGCAUCGGCACUAUUUUUCCGGCCCAAGGACAAGAAGAUCCAUGCGGACUCUGCCCGCAGAAGAUUUACGGUCAAGGAGGGCGGAGACCAUCUGACAUUGCUAAACAUUUGGAACCAAUGGGUCGAGAGUGAUUUCAGUCCCAUUUGGUCGAGGGAGAAUUUCUUACAGCAAAGAAGUCUGACCCGCGCGCGGGAUGUCCGCGAUCAGCUUGCCAAGCUGUGUGACCGUGUCGAGGUUCAACUGUCCAGCUGCGGAGCCAACAACAUCCGCGCGAUACAGCGCGCGCUGACGGCGGGCUUCUUCAGCAAUGCAACACGCAUGGACAGGAGGGGUGAUGGAUAUAGGACAAUGAAGAACAACUCGAGUGUCUGGGUCCACCCGAGCAGUGUGCUGAAGGAGCUACACCCGCCGCCCAAGACGGUCAUCUACCACGAACUGGUCCAGACCAGCAAGGAGUACAUGAGAAGCUGCCUGCCGAUCGAGGUGGGCUGGUUGAGGGAGCUGGCGCCUCACUUCUACAAGAAACACGAGAUUGAUGCGAUAGAAGACAAGAAAAUGCCAAAGGCAAGGAAGUAGAUAUGUCUUUCAACCCAGCAUGCUGGUUGGCUGGUUGAAUUGAUCCUCAUAGCGAACAUGCAAACGGAGAUUGCACUUGUUGGAUGAA